AUCACCAGAGUCAGUUAUUCACAUUCACUUGUUGAGAUGGAGAGAUCAAGAGUUACUGUUAGCGCACUUAUAUAUGUUUUAUUGUUCAGUCAGACAAUAAUCUAUGGAGCAGAAGUUGAGAUGAAGGUCCGACCAGGAGACAACAUCACUCUUCACUGUUACUGUCCUGUAACUCAUUUCAACAUUGCAUGGAUAAGAAACUGCUCUCAUGAACAUCAACCCUCUCUCAUAAUUAAAUAUUUGACGAUUCUAGAAGAAAAAAUCCCACGAUUUAGCUUUCCUCCCAACAUUAAUUCUUUUGAUCUACAUAUUACUAACAUUACAGUCUCUGAUCUGGGACUUUACUACUGUGCUGAAUAUGAGAAAAAGAUCAAUGAUGACACUUCAUACUAUUAUUGUGGAAACCAAACAACACGUCUUUCUCUUGCUGUGUCUUCUGGACCCUUCACCACCGUCUCUCCUCCUCCUCCUAUAUCAGACUGUUUCCUCCACAGGACGCUGUUGGUCGGUGUUUGUGUUGUGUGUUUUCUCCUCUGCUUCAUCUGUGUGUACUGCCUCUGUCAGAGGAAAACUACAGGUUAUGAGAGUGCAAAGAUGCUCACAGUAAAUGUUAUGAAGAUGGAUUCGACAGAGAAACAUCAAUGUGAUGUGAGUAAGACUGGAAAGUUCUGCCAUCAUUCUGAAGUCACUUAUAGACUCCUGCCAUCUGUACAUAACUAUGAAAAGAUGUGAAUCUCUCUGAUCAGUUUAUGUAAACUCAGCUUUUGCCAGUAGAAACUACUCACUGCUAAUAUUUGUACUCAGUACUCAAUCUUAAUCUCAGUUAAGAUUUUCAAUCAAUUAACUGAAUUUAGGUACAAAUAUUUAAACUACCGAAUACACAACUUAUUUAGUAAAUGACCACAAAUAUCAUUGAAGAACUGUGUACAUUUAUUUUGUGAGUUAAAAAAAGUCAUAACUUGUAAGUAUUUCAAUAAAAGUCCAUUUUACUAUCUAGGCGAUCAAAAGCUUUUCUCAGGUUAUACAUUUUAUUUUAAUAAUAUCAUAAUUAAUAUUUGAUGAGAUGAAAACAAAACUAUUAGAAUAAACUUUCUGAAGACCAGGA